GAGGAUCCAGCUACUCGCCGCGCAACACCAAACACGGACUCAAAGCGGGUCCCACAUGAUCUAGCAGCGCCACGUGGCUUACCCAUCUUGGACAGCAGAUGUCGUCCGAGCAGUCCGAUGUCGCCCUAUUAGAACUCGCCUCCGCAUAACACGGUGAAAAGUGCGCUCCCACCAUUUCGGUAUCGGCCGAUACGAUAGGUGUUCCGCUACAAUCUCAGAGAGGGAGAAGGAGGAGAAGCUCGCCCUGCUUUCUCUCUCCUCCUCAGACCCUUACAGCAAACCAGCAAAAUCAACCCUGAUGCAGUCAAAUGUGCAAGAUGCUCCACCAAUGGUGAAGCAGGAAAGCUCUCCACGACCUGUAAAGUGGAUUAUUAAAAAUCCGGUGGACAUGGCUAAAUUUGAUGAGAAGGUUGAUGAUAAUGGAUUCAUCAGAAGCUCAACGAACAAUGUGGCACCUGAAACUAGUGAGUUUAUCAAGACAGUGCCAAGUGCUGAAGAUGCUCCAUCAAUGGUGCAGGAAUUGUCUAGAUCCUCAAAACCUACCAAGAAGAGUCGUAAAAGGGCACUACAUAGAGCUGAGGUUGAUUUACGGAGUGGCGGAGAUGAAUCUAUUGGAAGUACUUCGAACCAGUUGGUCCUUUAUAAUCCUGGUUCCAGUAAUGCAACUGAGGAUGCCCUUCCACUAUCUGAGCACACUGAAAGUUAUACCUCAUCUUUCCAAAAUAUGGUAGCAUCAAAUCCUUCUAGUCGAGUACUACCGUCUGUUGGGGCAUUCACAGUUCAGUGUGCUAACUGUUUUAAAUGGAGACUUAUUCCAACGAAAGAAAAGUACGAGGAAAUACGUGAACACAUAUUGCAAAGACCUUUUACUUGUGAUGAAGCUCGUGCAUGGCGCCCUGAUAUUACUUGUGAUGAUCCAGCAGACAUAUCUCAGGAUGGGAGUAGACUUUGGGCAAUUGAUAAGCCUAACAUCGCUCAACCACCACAUGGAUGGGAAAGACAGCUUAGAAUUAGAGGGGAAGGGAGCACCAAGUUUGCCGAUGUGUACUAUGUUGCUCCAUCUGGAAAGAAACUGAGGUCAAUGGUUGAGAUACAAAAGUACCUGUUAGAAGCAUCCAGAGUAUGUCGAACAUGGGGUCAAACUAUCUCAAUUUUCUUUUCAGAUUCCAAAACCUCUGCAAGAAAACUAUGUGAGGAAACGACCUCCACGCAUGCCAAAUCCUGUUGAUGGUGGUUCCGGAUUACCCAUGCCUCUUGAGCCUGCAGAAGUGCAUCCACUGUCGUGGGUCGAGCCAACAGAUGAGGGACUCCAAGCUCCUGCCUGCAACGGGGAUUCAGGCUAUGAUCACCAACUGUCCCAAUCACCGUCACAUACGCAAGUAGCGCCAUCACCACCUGAACCUGAGAAGAAAAGGAGCACCAAGCUGAGGAUAUACAUUAAAAACUCCAGCAGUGGAACUAGCUCAGUUGCAGUACCAGCUAAGGAAGAGCUUUGAGUUUUCUGUUAGCUUGAACUGCUUUCUUUUUCGUGGUAGGUCUUCUUUGGAUCUUAAGUUUUAUUUUGUUCUUUUGGGGGGUUCACUGUUGCAGGUGAAUGGCUGAUAUGUACACAAUACUUGGGGGAAAGCGCUUUUAUUUUGAAGUUUGUAGUAUGAGGUGAAUGGAUGUUCUGGAACAGUGAAAUCUAUACCGCAAGUGAAAUAUAUAUUGUCACUAGAUAUGUUUUUUUUAGUGAAUUUUUAUCUCAGAGCUGUUCCCAAGUUCUGAUUGUGAAUAGGUGUCAUUGUAUAUUGGCCUAGAAUCAGGCUCUAGUGACUUUGAUGGAA